AUGGACGCUGUUCUCGAUGUCGACGAUGAUCCGCGAAACUGGUCAAUCGACCAAGUCAUCAGCGAACUCUGCCAGUCCACGACACCACGUUGGCUGUCCAAAGACAAACCUCAGUUGAUCCCAGACCGCCACUGCCUGGAGGAUGCUCUUCGCCGAAACCAUGUCGACGGCGACAAUCUCCUCGCUCUUGACAUGGCAACUCUGAAGGAAGACCUGGGGAUACCGUCUUUUGGACAAAGGAGAGCCAUCAUGAGAGCGGUUGAGUUCCUCCGCCGGGCCUCGAAAAGCUAUCAACAGAUGGUAUUUCAAGCGGACAGCAUCGCCAGAAUGCAGUCAGCCACGUAUGCCUCCCCCCAAAUUACACAAUCUCGCAUUUCGGUGAUUCCACAGUCUCCUGCGCACUGUGGUCUCGGCGUUCAACCGUCUAUCGAGGCCCCGCAUCACUUUCGAUCACCUUCCCUUACCGGCGGCGUUGGCCAGCAGCGCGUUGUUCCUGUGGAUCCCACCCUCAAUUCACCUGGGGUCGCGGCAUCCAACCUUCCGGAUCCCGCAGUACCAACUGUUCGAACUUCCAACCCCCAUACCCCGGAUGUCCCACAGCCAAAGUCAAGUACUGCUGUCGUUAGCUCAAUUCAAAAUGAUGUGGACGAUGAUCUCCCCUCCGAAACACGCAAUGAGCAAUCAUCUUCUCUGCCACAGCGCCCAGCAAGAGAGUAUACUGUUGUCAACGGCAAGAAAAGAAUCGCACCAACUUUCAUCUCAAGAAAGUCGAUCGACGAUUCUUAUCUCGGCCGCAACGUACUUCGUCUGCAAGAUUUCUUCUACUACAGAAUUCCAAAUGGACUCGCCGACAACUUCAUCCAUCGCGUUGCCGCCGACAAGGACAAGUCCUUCCACAUCUCAGACGAUUUCCCUGCCGGCCAACGCCGUACAAUGGCUCGCGUGAUGCAGUCUUUCCUACGUCGAAGCGUCACCGUCCUCCAAGGAUAUCAGUCCCAAGGAUCCGCCAUCGACUUACCUGAGUCCGCCCAGGGUGUCACCCAUCACAUGUCGUUGGAGACAGAAAGAGGCGGUUCGCAUGUGUCAUACCUGAACUACCUUGCGGCUAAAUAUGCUGACGACGAUUCCAAUGUACUGCCUGUUUAUGGCGAUUCGGGGGAUGAAGGCGAUUUCGAUGAGGAGCUUUGGAGGGAGAUCGAAGAGGAGAGGGCAGAGAAAGAGGCACUGCGCCGGAAGCCUGCCAACAUGACACCAGCUGAGGUUGAAGCCGCCAUAAAUGAAGCCAUCCACGAAUGGAAACAGGAAUGGCAGGAUACAAAAUUUUUGGCUGUCCAGAGGAAAGCUUAUCGUCACUGGAUGAACGCAGCCCGAAACAAAAGUCGCCGGAAGGUGACGGAGCACUUCAACCACCUCAAGAAUCACUUUCAGCAGAGGAUGGAUAGCAUCAAACGCGAGAUCGCUGGGGAAGUUUGGCGCAAUCCAGCGGACGUCAAGAGACAAUGUCAAAGCCUCGAAUUAACCGUCUAUCACCAUCAAGAAUAUGACUACUACAUUCAAGUCAUGCUUCGAGAUACUCCGCCAGAAAAGCCCAGCAAAGAAGCACUUAAAGCAGUCCCGGCCCCAAAACAACACGAUCUUGAGGAGGGUGAAGAGCUUCUCGAAUCUGAAUCGGAAGCAGCCCUCCAAGAAGAUGGGGACUCUUUUGUGGAUGACUCCUCUGAUGCAGGUUCCAUUCAUCAUGUGUCCGACACCGAAGACUGGAACCCCAUCAUUCCGAACACAGCAAAUCCACCGGCCAUGCCCCUGGAAGCUUCCCCUCAAAAAGAAGUUCCCGCGGACGUUCAUGAUGUUGCCAUGCCCGAUAUUCACGCCAAUGACGCAGAUGUCGAAAGCGAGACCGAUGCUAUUAUCACGCCAGCCCGUCGAAGGAAAAGGCGUAUUAAACCUGAAGCUGGUCAAACCCCGAAUUCCAACCGCCCUGUGCACAUCAACCCGAAGUUGCCCAAGCCUCAAGAAUCCUCUUCCGACACCUCGGAUCUCGAUCGCUCCCCACGUCUCCCAAAGUCGAGGUAUCGUAGUAAAGGACGUUCUACAGCCGCACCUAUUGACCUGACAUUCAGCCCGGCCUCCGGACCUGAAGGGAGCGCCAACCCUACUUCUACUGACUUCAGUGUUCGUACACCAGAACUUAAUCCCGUCCGACUAGACAUUCCAAAGAAGAACUUGAAGAAGCAUAUUUCUGUUGUUGACUUGACGGACUCUGAUUCCGAGCAUACACCUUCUCAAGAUGACACCAGCUUACCAGGGGUAUAUGAUGUCCCGGGCUUGAGGCGUACAUCUUGGUCAAGCAUAGACCCCAUUGACAAACGCCGAGCGCUCGCAAAGGCCGUAUACGACCUUGAAUUCGAUACAGUAACCAGUCUCGCUUCCUUUGUCAAGUCUAUACCGGGUUUCCAGGCUCAAGAAACGGUUAUUAUCCACGGACUCAUGGCUCUAGGCGCAGACGAAGGUAUCAUCGCAGGUGUCAAACCGAAAUAUCAGUUGAGCGCUCGAUUACUGGUUUCGCUUUAUCUAACAUACAUUUGUGGUCAGAAUGCACUAGAAGACUUUGAGCUGUCAGAAGCCCAUAGAGACCAAGCAUUUGAGGACAAAGAUUCUGCGCUUGAGCCUUUUUACGAUUCACUUGGCAGGGUCAUCCGAACACUUUUCAGACACCAAAAAGGAUCCGAAGAACAAACAAAAGGCAAGAAAAGAAAGCGAGACCAAGACUCUUUCUCUGUUCCUGAAACACUGGAUGACUCAGACGAACAAACGACAGAUUUUAUGUUAACUGAUCUUGCGGAAGAGGCUCAACCUUCGUCUCACAAGAAGCGAAAGCGAAAGGUGGAAGAAAGUCAAGAGGCGAUAAGCCAACAAUUCAGUGACAAGGUUAGAAUUCAAGAACAAGAAGAGCGACGCAAGACUAUGGCUAAGAAGCUUGCUCUCAUGCAAGUUGACGGGAACGCCGCCUAUAUUGUCAACACGGAAGAGCCACCCGUUGAACUUCACCAGCAUAUUGCUCAACGAGUCAAGCCACACCAGGUCAAUGGCAUCCAGUUCAUGUGGCGCGAAAUUAUCGAGGAUCCGAAUCAUCAUGGCUGUAUUCUGGCGCAUACUAUGGGUCUGGGUAAGACCAUGCAAGUGGUGUCUCUUUUAGCGACAAUCUCUCUUUGCAUCCAGAGUGAUGAUCACAAUAUCAGAAACCACAUCCCACCACAUCUUCAAGAAAACAAGACUCUCAUUCUUUGCCCUCCUUCUCUACUCAACAAUUGGGAAGAUGAGCUCCUGAUGUGGACUCCGGACCCCGCUAUUCUAGGGAUAAUCCACAAGGCCGACUCAUCCAGGAAACAAGACAACAUUCGAGCUAUCACGGCUUGGUCGAAGCAAGGGGGCGUUCUUCUUAUGGGCUACGAACGGUUUAGACAAUCAGUCAUAGACAGCAUCAGCGCGAAAGAAAAGGGAACCGCUCUACUCAGCCUCGAAGAGAUUCUAUUAAAUGAACCCAGUCUUGUUAUUGCAGAUGAAGCGCAUAUGCUCAAGAACGCAAAGUCAAAAAUAAGCCAGAUUGCAAAACGCAUAAAGACAAAGAGUCGAAUUGCCUUGUCAGGUUCACCCCUCAACAACCAUCUCGAAGAAUAUCACACCAUGGUAGACUGGAUCGCUCCAGGCUACCUAGGGAACAUGGUCCAAUUUCGCUCCAAAUACUCAGAGCCUAUCAUGGCAGGGCUUUAUUCCGAUAGUAGCGCUGGCGAGAAGCGGCUAUCGCUUCGCAAGUUGCAUGUGCUCAAGCGGGACCUUGAUCCUAAAAUCAACCGCGCAGACCUUAGUGCCAUCGAAAAAGACAUGCCUUCGAAAACUGAAUACUUUAUCACAAUUCCCCUCACAGACCUACAAAGACAGGCAUACGACAUCUAUGUUGGUCAUAUGCUACAGUCGUUCAAAUUGAUGGGUGGCAUUUCGAAAGGUAAAAAUGCCAGAAUCUGGGACUGGAUCGCCAUGCUCUCGUGGCUCUGCCACCAUCCGGCUGCGUUCGUGGCUAAAAUGAAGGAGCGCGACCACAAGAUGUGCAACCAAGACAACAACAUUGAUCCCAGCGAUAGCACAGAUGAGACCUCGGCACCGGAUGAAGUCAACGAGAAUGCCGCUCCCGACGUUACGGGCCCUAUGCGAGAGGCAAUGCAUCGAGCUUUGCAGAUUCUCGAUGCGGGCGACCGGAGGGCGUUAUACAAUCCUAGUCUGUCUUACCGCACGCUUGCUGUGAAGCGCAUCGUCGAAAAGGCGAUCGAAGCUAGAGACAAAACCUUGAUCUUUAGCCACAGUAUUCCGACCUUGAACUACCUGGGACAAAUGUUCAAAGAAAUGAAGACUUCAUUCUGCCGGAUUGAUGGCCAAACUAAAGUCUCAGACCGGCAAGCCUUCACCAAAGAAUUUAAUCAGAAGGAUAACUACCAGGUUUUCUUGAUCUCUAUGCGGGCCGGGGGCCUUGGACUAAACUUACAGGGCGCCAAUCGAGUGAUUAUCUUCGAUUUCAGCUUCAAUCCAACUCGGGAACAGCAAGCGAUUGGCAGAGCAUAUCGUCUAAAUCAAAAGAGACCAGUUUUCGUUUACCGCUUCCAAGCCGGGGGAACGUUCGAAGAUAAGCUAUUCAACACGUCUGUCUUUAAGACACAACUUUUCGGCCGUGUCGUCGAUAAGAAAAAUCCAAGACGACAUGCCAGCAAGGGUGCGGAUACAGAAUAUCUGUUUCCAGUGAGGGACAUACCGCAAAUGGACUUCAGCGAAUGCCUCGGGAAGGAUCCGAACGUGCUGGACGCCAUUAUUCACGAACUUGACUUCGUUCGUGGCAUCGUGUUGACCGAGACCUUCCAGAAAGAAGAUGAUGAACAAUUGAACGACGAGGACCAAAGAGUAGCAGAAGAGGAGUACAAUGACCAGCGUUUGCAACGAGAAAAUCCUGAGGCAUGGCAAGCCAAACAAAAUGCUCGGGCAGCUCAACAGUGGCAGCGGCAGCAAGAUUCCACGACCAUUCACCCGUCUAGGGUGUCAAACCCGAUGCUACACUCUACAGCUCCCAUACCUGGACCUAGAGCCGGCGUCGUGGUCGAUAGAGUCACGUCUUCUCGGUAUGCGUUUGUGAAACCCCCGUUUGGGAGAGAACAUCUGGAUGCUCUGCAGCGACCGCAGCCGCUCCACACCAUGUCCUAUGUGCCCGGAUCAUAUGACGAUACUUUCCAAGCCUUCCCCUAG